GUCACCACUUCGGGCAGCAAAGUCGCCGCGAAGCUAAGAAGCACGGAUGCCGAAGUUGUGGCCGCAGCCUGCGGCGGCCUCGCCGUGAUGGAUCGGGAGGCAGGCGCAGUCGCUGAGUUGCUGGCGCACAAGGACGGCCGUGUGAAGGCCGCUGCGGCGGAGGCCCUGAGAGACAUGACCGGCGCCGAGGACUUCGUGCCUGGCCUCGUGAAGCUCGUGGGCGACGCCGAAGGCGCCGUGCGCCGGGCCGCGGCCGCCACGCUUCGCAAGCAUGGCGAGGUGGCGAGUAGCCGGAGUGGUGACCUCGCGGCGCUUCUGAAAGGGGCCCCUGGCAUCGCCGCCUGCGCGGCCCAUGCCCUGGCGGGCCUUGGUGGCGCCGCAAAGGCACACGCAGCAGCUCUAGAGGCUUUGCUUGCCAGCGAUGCGGAGGACGCCUCAGCAGCUUCUCUCUGCGCCUCUGGCGCAGGGGCUGAGGUGCCUGCAUCCCUGCGAAAGCCUGCAGUGGCGGCCGCCGAGGCCCUGGGUGCCUCGGGUGCCGUGCAGAGCGCCCCGCGCCUCACCGAGCGCCUGGGGGCGAAGGAUCCGGAGAUUCGCGCGGCUGCCGCGGAGGCCCUGGGAAAUCUGGGCGCCAGCGAGGCAGCUCCGGCGUUGCAGAAGGGCCUGGAGGAUCCCUCUCCCAUCGUGGCCGCCGCCUCUGCGCUGGCCCUGGCCCGCGCCGCGCCGAGCGGGGCCUCGGCGGCGGCCGUGGCGCCGCUCCUUCAGGACCCUCGGCACCUUCUCCGCUGCGCGGCGGCUUCUGCCCUGGGAGAGAUGGGUGAGACGGCGCAGGACUUCGCCCUUCCCGUCAGCCAGCUCCUAGAGGACAAGCUGCUUCCCGUGCAGGUGGCCGCUUUGGAAGCCCUUCCUCGCUUUGGGGCGGCAGGAAGUCGUUUCGCUGCGGAGGUUUGCCGCCUCACCAUGGGGGGAGAAGACAAGUUGCGCGUGGCCGCAAUGCAGGCGCUGACGCAGAUGGGCGAGCGCGGCGCAGCCUUCGCGGAGGAGAUGGAGGCGAUCUUGGACGACCCGAUUCCA